UUCACUUUCACCCACUUCAGCACUUUUUACGCAAAAACAUGGCAACGCUCCGCUGCUUUCCCUCGUUUUUACUUCUGUCUUUCGCAGCGUUUUGGCCGUCAGCUGAGUCCAGUACAGAUAAAGUCAUCCAUCAGAGCCACGGGUUCCAUGGAGUCUUCAUGGUCAUCGAGGGGGAAAGGUACACCUUGAACUUCACCGCCGCCAACGCCACCUGCUCAUUUCUGGGUGUAACCAUGGCAACCAGAGACCAGAUGGCGAGGGCAGUACUGCACGGGCUGGAGACAUGCAAAUUCGGUUGGAUUGCUGAACAGUUGAUUGCCAUCCCGCGACAAACGUCUGACAUAAGAUGCGGACGGGGCAAAACCGGAGUGGUGACGUGGCGGGUCACGGUGGAGAGGACGUUUGCCGCCUACUGCUUCAACGCUUCAGCGAUUGCAGACCUGGAUGAACCUCUGAUGUCCAGCACAGCUUCCACCUGGCUGACGGCUCCGACCCGAACCCAAACACCAGCACCUUCAUCUUCACCUUCAGCUUCACCCUCAGCUUCUCCGCUCGCUCCUCGGCUUCAGACACCAGGCUCCACCUGGAUCGUCUCCUCCCCCGUCACUUCCUUCGAGCGCCUUCCCGCCUCAGCUUCUCCUCGUCAGUUUAUCACCUCGGGACCCACGGUUGUCCCUCCGGCCCCGUCUACGUCCCACCAGGCUUCGGACCCCCCAGCUUCCUCAGAAUCGAAGACCCGGAGCCCCCCAGAACACUUUCUGGCAGGAGUUGUUGCUGUAAGUCUCAUCGCUGCCCUGGUCCUGGUUCUGGCGGCUGCAGGCGUCGCGUGGCGCUACGGACGGAAGAGGGGAGGUUUCUGCCGGUGUGAGCGGGAGCAGGGGGACGACACCGAGACGGAGAUGUGGAAGCAGACCAGCAGCGAGAUGGACCUGUGGGGGGAACACGGACCCGGGCCCGACCUCCACGACGGAGAACUGGACAGGAAGUACUCCAGCGACGUCACGCUGUGUGUGAAUCCACUCAUGAGAGCCAUCGGUUCAGAGUAGCCCACCUUUCUCUGCUAAAUACCUCAAAUAAAAACCAUCAGGUCCUGACGGAUGGGACUUCAGAUUUAAACAUUUUUGACUGAUAAAAAAAAAUAAUAAUCUAAAUAGCUUAAUUAUCAAAACUGCUGGACAUCCGAUGGAGUUUUCCUUUGCUUUUGAAUUUGUGUGCACAUGUGAUUUUACUCAGAACCAUUUAUCUUUUUAAAAAUAAAUCAGUUUAAUCGUAUUGCCACAUUUUAUUUAGACUCUGAAAACUGUAAUAAUAAAAAAGAAAAACUGAAAUAA